AAAAGAUGACAACGUUUUUGAAAUAUUUGUAUCGUGUGCAAAUCAAUACAGUAUUGAAGCACAUUAGAAAAGUAAGAGCUACAUUAAUUUUUCUAAAUUAAUUAAAAAGAAUGAUUAAAUUGAAGAUAAUGCCAUAUUUAAUUACUUUUUAAAGGGAUACAUUACUAUUUCAAAUAAAUAUUGCAAAACGUUUCAAGGCCAUGAAAACAUAUGUGGAAAAAUGUCUAUAGGUUUAAAUAUGUAUAUGAGUACAGAAAAUGCAGUAAAAUAUUGUACUUUCAGUAAUGGUAUACGUCUUGUAUGUGAAAAUAAAAGCUGUUAUACCACCACCCUGGGAUGUUUCUUCCCAGCAGGUGCAAUGCAUGAAAGGCCUGAAGAACGUGGUAGUGCAUUAUUCUUGAAGCAUUUACUUGUCAGGAGAACUACGUCCAGAAAUGAAGAAGAAUUGGCAAAAGCAAUAGAAGAAAUUGGCGCAAGAGUCACCACUGUUGCUGCGAGAGAUAUGUUUCUCUUUUAUGGAACAGUGCCUUCAAACAAAACAGUUAAUUUUGUUAACAUAUUUGGAGAUGUGAUUAUGAAUAAUGUUAUAUGUGAACAAGAUAUUGCAAGAGAAAAAUGUGUAAUCUUACAUGAACUUACUCAAAUGGAAUUUGACAAAGAACGAGUUGUAAUGGAUUAUUUACCAACUAUUGCAUAUCAGGACACUGAACUUGCAAAUAGUAUAUACCCUGAAACUGAUGUAAUAAAAAAAUUUUGUAAAGACAAAUUAAUCAAAUUUCAAGACCGUUUGUUCAAGCCAUGUAAUAUGACAAUUGUCUGUACUGGACCUAUUUGUCUACAAGAAUUAGAAACAAUUAUUUGCAGAUGUUUUAUGUGUGAAAGCGGAUCUGAUAGUUCAUUGCAAUCGUUUUGUAGAGAAACUGAAUAUCGAUUCUCAGGUGCUGAAUUACGAUAUAGAGAUGAUGAUCAUGAAGUAGGGUAUGUAGCAAUAGGCAUAGAAGGACCAGGUUCUAAACAACGUACAGAUCAUUAUGUACUUUCCAUAGCUAAAGAAAUUGUAGGUUGCUGGGACAUGACUUCUAGUGGAGCACAGCACAAUGCGCCAUACAUUGCACACGCUGCUUACAAUACAUCUUUGUGUUACAUGUACAAAUCAUUCUAUCACAAUUUCGCACAGUCUACCGGCAUAUGGGGAUGUUAUUUUGUUUCUCACAAAUUAGCUCUUGAGGCAAUGGCUUCAAUGUUGCAAAAAGAAUGGAUGAGAUUGUGUACAACAAUAACUCAGAAAGAGGUACUGCGUGCUGUGAAUCAAUAUAAAACCAAAGAGUUAUUGUUAUUGGAUGAUCCAGAAAAUCAUUUUCUUGAUAUUGUCAGACAUUUAUUAAGAUAUGGAUGUUACAUACCAAUACAUGAAAGAAUCAUAGAAUAUGAGAAAAUAACAGCAGAUAAAGUAAGAGAGGUCUCCAUGAAAUAUAUUUAUGAUCAAAGUCCUGUUGUUAUAGCCCUUGGUCGAAUUGAAAUUUUACCGGAGUAUUGUAAUAUAAAAAAUGCAAUGUAUUUACUACGAUAUUGAAAAUUAAUUAUAAGAAAUCUAAGCAGUGAUCUUUUUACUAUUUUAGUAAAGUGAUACAACAAACAACUUAAAAUAAAUGAUUUUGUAAAUUGCAAAUAUAUACAAGAAAUAAGAUUUGGAA